UAAUUGCUUGUUGUACAUUAUGAAAUACCAUGUAAUACUCUGCUUUUUCCAUCCCGUAUUGCACAAGCAACACAUAAAGUGAUUCAUCAACCGGUAUAUGAAGUAAUGCGCAAACACACAGCGAUCAUUACUAGUAGGCCUUACACCACUUACUCUCCUCAGACAACAGUUGAAUUCCCUCUCAAUCAGAAAGGAUGAAGUGCACCAUACUGUUCCUUGUGCUGUCGAUGGUCGUCCUAAUGGCUGAACCUGGGGAAGCCAUUGUUGCCCAUAUACCUUUUCAUGGUAACAAGGCUAUGCCCUUUGGGCCCUUUCGUCACCACAGAUACCAGAGAGACCGUAUUCGAAGAGGGGAACAGCAGCUAGAGCAGGAAGUGCAUCAGGAACUGCAGCAACUGGAACAACUUCAGAAACAGGAGAAUCUGAACCAACGCUUUAACCGAGACCAGCUCAAAAAAGAGAGAGUUGCUUUUAACUAGACUUCCACCUGAAAGAGAAAGUCUAAAACUCUUUACUGUAGUUGAAAAGAAUGCUUUCUGCGCCUCUGAAAAACAUAAACUAAUUAUCAUGACCUGCUAUGGCUUUAAAAUGUGUCUGAAUGAUUGAUGACAUGAUGAGAUGAUUUAAAGAGACAAAUGAGUUGUAUUGAGUAAAUUUUCAAUAAGGUUUAAUCUUCUGCAACACUUGUAAUGUGUAGAACUACUUUACUGUUUCAGCAACACAUUUUAAUAUAAUGCUAAAGCACCCAUCCAUUCGCUUCCGCUGAUCCUUUUCAGGGUCGUGGGGGGGGCUGGAGCCUAAUGCUAAAGC